UACACCUGCACACCUGAGUACAGCCACUCCUUUCCCAGGACACAUCAGAGAUGGUUGGGGAGCGGACACAGGAGACUGCUCUGAAACAUCAGAGCUAUAACACCUUUCUUUAGAAUUACCAACUUGACCAAAAAUUGUCAACAGAAUUGGAGUAUUUUUGUAACCUGCAAACACCAGAGGAAGAUGUGGUCGGUGAAUGUCAUGAGUCUUCUCCUGUUCUGCUACGCUUGUCUUUCAAUUGGAGAUGGUGAAGUGUAUUUCAGUUCAAAAGACUUUUUCAACGUCCUCCAAUGGGAUCCUGUGAAUCCUGCUUUUCCUGGUCAAAAAGUGCUCUACAGUGUGCAGUUCCACAGAGAUUAUGAACAGCACUACCACCUAAAGCAGGAGUGUCAGAACAUCACCAGCCUCUCAUGUAACCUGACUGCAGAGACCCCAUCAGCGCACGAUGUGUACUACAGGGCCAAAGUGUGCGUCAGUGGUAGAGCGUGUAACUGCACCACCAGCUUUAUGCCUUUAAGACACACCAAUCUUAGUGCUCCCGUUUUGUCUACAUACACCACACCGUCUGUCCUGCACAUCAAAGUCACCCUGCCCUUGGGGCCAAAUGGAGUCUCCAUUGCCGAUAUAAUCACAAAAAGCAAACAAGGGUUCUCCAAAACUGUACCUUUGUACAUUUUAAAAAUCACCAAUCCAGAAUGGGCAGCGCAGGAAAUUCAAAACACAAAAGGCCAGUUUGAGAUCAAUUUGAAGUACAACCAGACGUCCUAUUGUGGUUAUGUGGUCUACAGACCAGCAUCAGAAUGGGGUCGCUCAGACAGUGAAAAAGCCUUCUUCUGCGAAACACUGAAAGAUGAUCGAAUGCUUCUACAAUGGCUUCUCAUGGGUGUUGCACUUCUGGCAACUGUGGCCAUAAUAUCAGCUGUUUGCGUGUGCAACUAUGUGAAGGGUGGAAAGACAAAGAGCAUGCCACAAGGAUUGGCAACCACUUUCAAGACCUGUAAACCAUUGCAGCAUCUGGAUAAAAAUCUCAUCAUUUUCGAAGCACAGGUCUGCAGUGAAAACGACCACAAAGUUAACACAAUCAAGUUGAACCAAAAUGGGUCAUCACGUGCAUCCGGGGGAUAUUUCCCACAGGGCGUAUGCCAAGGAAGCAAAAACUCUUUUGAGGGCUCAAGUGAGCACAGCAGAAACCCGGAUCCAGAGGACACAAGCGCGCAGUCCUCUGAAAUCUACUCGGGAGUCGUUGUCCAUGUCCAACCAGGACAAAAUUAUACUUUUCAGAAUGUUGCUACCAAAAACAGAGAGACUAGACCUUCGGUUUCAUUCUCUGAAGGAGAAGUGAACUCUGAUGGUCAUGGAAUCAUUCCAGAUUCAGCAUUACAUGAAGCACCAACAUUAGCAGAUUUUAUUGUUGGCAACACGAGUCCAAACCACCAGCUGGUGUUGCAAACAGUACGGACUAUCAAUGGACAACUCGUCUGUCCUUCAUUGAAACUUAUGUUAAAGAGUGACAUAGAUGAACAGAUGAACCCAGAAUGGAAACCUCUAUUAUCAGACCUCACAAACUGCCAGGAUGGACCAUCAUUAGCAUCCUUGCAGAGCUUUGACAGCUCGGAGUUGCACGACUCUGGGUGUGACGAUAGCGCUGUAAACACACCAACAGGCACAUACUGCAACCAACAUUACUCCCACUCUCAAAUGGUUCCCUUUGACAAAACAAACCAUGACGGUUAAGAAGAAUCAGUUGAAUAAGCGCAUAAAACUAAAACUGUUGAAGUUCAAUUCUCUGACAAACAUUAAAAAGGAGUCGACUUCUGACGGGGUCAUUUUGGGAAAAUGCCGAACAUGGCUGCAUCGAUAGUUGUGCUGUGCGAUGCCUUUCUGAUCAGGUGAAAUCUGGCGUCUUUGAUUAAGAAUAUUGGAGAUGCUGGACAGCUGCUGAUUGUGGGAUUUCUGUCCGUGCCAUCUGCAGAGAGUUGACCUGCAUUUCCUGCGGAGACUGUGAUACAAUGACCUAAGUUGUUGCUAUACAACAACAAAACACCAUAAUGCACUCAGGUGUGUCCGUGUUAUACAUUACCAAAGCUCAUGUCUAAUGAUGUGAUCUGAUUUUCUAUCUAUUCCAUUUUGUUAUCUAUAACAAUAACUGUACUUGACAUUGUAUUAUUGAAUUAAAGCAGCGUCUGGUAUGUUAACUUUAUUUAUUCAAUGGGAUAUUUACAUUGUUGUAUUUCUGAUCCCAUUUAAAAAAUCCUUGUGAUGAUUAAUUUUUCCACAACAUACAACUAUUAAACCUCUGAAAUGAUAAUGUUGUGAACUAUUUAAAUGGGCCGUAAGGUGACUGAAUAAAUAUCAAAUGGAUUUCUAUCCUAUUUCCAUACUCUCCAACAUAUAAUCAGUAUACUGUUACAAUCUGUGUCUAAGAAGAAAAAAAGAAACUGGCCCACUCAUUUGUCCUUCUGUUUGCUGUUCUUGCAAUAGAGGCGAAAGAAAGCGCAUUACAGCCGAUAUAUUUGCAGAUGGUGUCAUGGUACAACAUGAGCUGGGUUGAUAACAGCAUGGCUUUUAAUAGCAGGCCUGUAAUCUUUUAUAUGCAGCUGUAAAGUCAUAAUGCCUUGUGUGUUGGAACAGUGUGUUGCGACUUCCUCUGAACUACAGAGAACACAGUAAAAAGUAUGUCUUAUUCUGUAUGUAACCCUGGAUUUUUACUUAAUGUGUUGUAGUUAAACAGAGCAAUUUUAUCUAGAACCAUUGUGAAUCAGUUGAAUAAGUGCUGAAUCUGAAGACAGAGUAGUAAAGUUGACUUUUGUAAAAUGUCUUUUAACUGACUCCAAUUCAUCAGCCAACAAAAUAACUUAAUGACUUAACUAGACACUUCAAGUAUAAAAAUAAAAAAGCUAGAACAAUAAACAUCUGUUAUUUGAAAAAGAUCAAAACUGCCUGCUGUGUGCUGGUAACACUCAGUAAUAAUAAAAAAAGGAGGUGAGUUUAGCUGCAUAACCAGUCCAAAGUUAAACUACAGACAAAAAAUUGGUGUAGUUUUCAGGAAUGAAUUUAAACCAUUUGAACCACCAAUGAAUUUGCGCCAUAUCCCUCAUGAAUAGCAACUUUUCCUUCUCAAAAUGUUUGUUUUUCUUUCAGUAGCCACCGUCAUUCCAGAGGUUAAAAUAUCUAAAAUUACAUCUCACUGUUUGAC